CCCUUCUUCCUGUUGUGGGUGUGGAGUUUUGCACGGAAACAGAUGACUGCACAAAUAAUGGACUAGGAUUUAGAGUUUUCUCUCCACGUUUGGUUCUUUUAGCGAUUAGCAGCGUCUUCCUCUUCUUUAUCUCUUGCUGAGUCUAGGCUGGGAUGCUGUGUCAUUAUGGGAAACUUAUUCGGGAAAAAGAAACGCACCAGAGUCACAGAACAAGACAAGGCUGUGUUGCAACUGAAGCAGCAAAGAGAUAAACUCCGGCAGUAUCAGAAAAGGAUCAACCUCCAACUGGAAAAGGAGAGGACUUUCGCCAAACAGCUGCUGAAGGAUGGAAAGAAAGAUAAAGCCCUUUUGCUGCUGAAGAAGAAGAAAUACCAGGAGCAGCUCUUGGACAAAACGGAAAACCAGAUCAGUAAUUUGGAGCAAAUGGUUCAAGAUCUGGAGUUCGCUCAGAUUGAAAUGAAGGUGCUUGAAGGACUCAAAGUUGGAAAUGAGUGUCUGAAGAAAAUGCAUGAGGUUAUGUCCAUUGAAGAAGUGGAGCGCAUUAUGGAUGAGACCCAAGAUGCGAUUGAGUACCAAAGGCAAAUAGAUGAGAUGUUGGCCGGGUCUUUGACGCCGGAGGAUGAAGAUGACAUUUUAGCAGAACUGGAGGCCAUUACACAGGGAGAUGUAGAGCUUCCUGAUGUGCCCUCAGAUGAACUCCCAGAAGUCCCAGCUGCCAAAGAAGAAAAACCAGAGCGAGAAAAAUCCAGAAAGAAUCCAGAACGUGAGCUGCUCGCUGCUUAGACACGGGGGCUGAAUCUUGCAUUUGGUUUCCUGAAAUUGAACUGUCAAAGUCCACAGCUCGGUGUGGAAUUUUUAUUUUCCAAUGGACUUAUAACGGGGAAAACAAGUCUUAUUUGAAGAUCUGUGACUUCACUUAAUGUGCCUAUCAUCAUAAUAUCAAAUCGGUCACAUUUGCGUCGCCGUUGUCUGGUUUCUUAUUGUGAAUUCCACUACUAAAUCGAAAAUGUAAUUCAAUUCAGUAGUGGGAUUUUAAUCAUAGAACAGCAGAAAUAAAUCAACUUUUACCAUUUUACAAUUUA